AUGAGUGCAGAUCACGAGGCCCGUAAAGAACUCGGUUUUGACCCCGAUGCCCUGCGUGAAAAAUAUCGCAUUGAGCGGGAUAAACGGCUGCGUGAAGACGGCAAUGAACAGUAUGUUGAGGUAAAAGGGCAAUUCAGCCAUUACGUUGAAGACCCCUAUAUUACGGACAGAAUUCAGCGGGAGCCGCUGACCGAUGAAGUCGACGUUGCGAUCAUUGGUGGUGGCUUUGGCGGUCUGCUGGCGGGUGUUCGAUUGCGUCAGGCGGGUGUGGCAAACAUUCGCAUGAUUGAAAAGGGUGAUGAAUUCGGCGGCACCUGGUACUGGAAUCGUUAUCCCGGUGCAGCAUGUGAUAUUGAAUCUUAUGUGUAUCUGCCUCUGCUGGAAGAAACCGGUUACAUUCCGCCGAAAAAGUACGUUGAAGGCGCUGACAUCAUGGCUUACAGCCAGCAGAUUGCUAAACAGUGGAAUCUCUACGAUGACGUCUGUUUUCAAACUGAAGUUCAGGAAUUGCGCUGGGACGAAGCGGCACAGCGCUGGAUCAUCAAGACCAAUCAGGGCGACGCGAUGAAAGCGCGUUUUGUAAUUUCAUCCAAUGGUCCUUUGAACCGUCCCAAGUUGCCUGGUAUUGAAGGCAUCGACAGCUAUCAGGGUCAUACCUUUCACACCAGUCGCUGGGAUUAUGCUUAUACCGGCGGUGACGCACACGGCAACCUGACAGGUUUGAAAGACAAACGCGUGGGUAUCAUCGGCACGGGUGCCACCGCGGUGCAGUGUGUUCCGCACCUGGGUGCAGCGGCGAAAGAGCUGUUUGUUUUUCAGCGCACGCCUUCCUCUAUCGAUGAGCGCAAUGACAAGCCAACAGACGAAGAAUGGGUGAAAAGCCUGAAGCCGAACUGGCAUCAGGAACGCAUGGAUAAUUUCAACACGCUGGUUUCCGGUGGUGUGACGGAUGAAGACCUGGUGAACGACGGUUGGACAGAAAUCAUUCGCAAUCUGCUGUUGAUGAUUCGCAACGAAGACGAGCCGGAUAUGUCCAUGGAAGCGAUCAUGGAAAAAAUGGAGCUUGCAGAUUUUCAGAAAAUGGAAUCUAUCCGUUCCCGUGUUGAAGCGGUGAUCGAAGAUCCGGAAACUGCGGAACACCUGAAACCGUAUUACCGGCAAUUCUGUAAAAGACCCUGUUUUCAUGAUGACUACCUGCCGACCUUCAAUCGGGAGAACGUGCAUCUGAUUGAUACCGAAGGCAGAGGCAUUGAUCGCAUCACACCAAAAGGUAUUGUUGCCAACGGUGUGGAGUACGAGUUGGACUGCAUUAUUUUUGGAACGGGUUUUGAGGUGGGUACUGAAUACACCCGUCGCUGCGGUUAUGACACUUAUGGGCGUGAGGGCAAAAGUCUGAGUCAGCACUGGGCAGAUGGCGCGCGCACCUAUCAUGGCCUGCACAGCUCCGGCUUCCCUAACAGUUUUAUGAUGGGGACGUUGCAGACCGCAUUCACCGCCAAUUACCCCCAUUCGCUGAAUGAACAGGCAAAGCACAUAGCCUACAUCGUUAACCAGUGUAUGGAAGGUAAUCAUCAGGUGGUUGAAGCUACAGCGGAUGCUGAGCAGGAGUGGGUGGAUACCAUUAUCUCGCUGGCGAGGAUGAACGAGAAAUUUCUCGCCGACUGCACACCAGGUUAUUACAACAACGAAGGUAAGCCGACGGAGCGUUCUCAGCAGAACACGUCGUAUGGCGCUGGCCCGGUUGCUUUCUUCAAGAUGCUGGAAGACUGGCGCGCUGAAGGCAUGAUGAGUAUGAACAUGAACCUGUACGGCCAUGAUGGACAAUGGUUGAUGGUCGACUGCGGGGUGACGUUUGCCAGGCCUGGAGCCAUUGAGCCCCAUGUGCAGAUGGCUGAUCCGGCAUUUAUUGCAGAUCAGCAGGACAACCUGACUGGUUUGCUGAUUACUCAUGCCCAUGAAGACCAUAUUGGUGCGGUUGCUCACCUGUGGCCGCAGCUGCGCUGUCCGGUUUACCUUACUGCAUUCAGUGCUGCUAUUCUGCGCCGUAAGCUGGCGGAACAUAACCUGCUUGAUGAAGUUCCCCUGCACGUUAUUGCGCCGGGAAGUCAUCUGCAGCUGGGUGAGUUCGACAUUCAAUGGCUGAACCUGACCCAUUCCACACCACAGUCCCAGGCACUCUGGAUACAAACCAAGGCCGGUUCGAUACUGCACACCGGCGACUGGAAAAUAGACCUCGAUCCGGUGGUGGGGCCGCCCAUCAUCCCGGCUGAGUUUGCCGCGCUGGCAGACGAAGGUGUACUGGCGAUGGUCUGUGAUUCAACCAACGCUCUGAACCCUGGCCACUCCAUCAGUGAAGGAGACCUGUUCGAAGGCUUGAAAACGUUGAUAGCUGAUGCGCCAGGAAGGGUGGUGGUCGGGUGUUUUGGCAGCAAUAUUGCGCGCCUGCAUACACUUGUAUCAGUGGCCUUCCAUACCGGCCGCUAUGCGGGUGUGUUGGGGCGCUCGUUAAACAAUUAUCUGCAGGCAGCACGCCAGGCGCGACUGUGGGAUAAGUCGCUGUCUAUUAUUGACGCUUCACAUCUGGGUUAUCUGCCGCCAGAGGAAGUACUGGCGAUUGCCACUGGCAGCCAGGGAGAGAGCGGUGCGGCACUGUCGAGGCUGGCUGCUGAUACACAUCCGGAUCUGUCUUUGCAGUCAGGUGACACAGUUAUUUUGAGUGCCCGUGUGAUUCCCGGUAAUGAAGUGGCUUUGUCAGCUUUGUUAGACCGUUUGCGCCAGCGUGGCGUUCAUGUGGUGAGUGAUGAGAGUCUUAACUUUCCUAUUCAUGCCUCUGGACACCCUUGUCAGGAUGAGCUCACAGAUAUGUACAGCUGGGUGCAGCCAAAAUUUGCGAUACCAGUGCACGGUGAAGCGCAACAUAUGGCGGCUAAUGCUGAGAUCGCUCAGCGCAGCGGUGUGUCACGCAGUUUUACCGGUGAAAACGGCGAUUUGUUUAUGCUGGCGCCGGUGCCGGGGAUGCGUCGGGGGUUUGCGGGGGUUGGUCGCCUGGGGUUUGACCGCGGGCGUCUAACAAAGAUCUGA